AUGGAUUCCCCAACAAACGCAAGGAAUUUAACAUCGAGGAACGAGAAGCUAAGCAGCCAUGAUGAACAUGUACCCAAAAAGAUCAAUGAGGACAAGGGGAACGAAAAGACUACUCUAGAAACUGCUCCAUCAAAUGCGAAUUGGAAAUUAUCGCGGGAGGAUGGAGACUGGCGACCCAGAGACUACUUUUACAGGAACGGCGCUGCUCAUGAGCGUGAAGAUCUGUUGCAUCUAAACUAUUCUGAUAACAGUGAGCUCGUUUCUGAUCACGAUGAGAUCUCGGGGAAAAUGAUGAUAAGGAAGGUCAGGAAGAAAAGCAGAAAGACUAUGGAUCAUAGUCACAUUAAUAAGGUUCCAGUAACAUCCAAUAUUAGAUCAUACAUAUGCAGUAUUUGCAAUAAAUCAUUCCCAACUCACCAAGCUUUGGGGGGUCAUAAGUCCAUCCAUAACAAAUUAAUGAAGUACAGGCAGACUAUGGAUGAAUCUCAUUUAGCAGCAAAUGACUCAGCUACUGACGAUAUUUAUGGACACCAAGUGGAUGAUCAAACUCAUGUACUUGCAGCAGGCACGUACCGAUGCAAGAUUUGCAACAAGACAUUCCCAACAGGUCAGGCAUUUGGGGGUCACAAAAGAUGUCAUGUGGAAUUGCAAUCGAGUCAAUUACCUGAAGAAGCUAAAGCUCAAUCUAGUCAAGUAACAUCAGCCGGAGAAGCCAGUCAGAUCACAGGUCGAAGAAUUUUUGAUUUUGAUCUCAAUGACCUUCCAGCUAUGGAGGUACUUGAAGAAGGUAUCGACGUUGAGUCUGUCUUGUAUGUACGGAUUUAA